AUGUUGUUACUUCUCUCAGCAGUUGCUUUUGUUAGCGCUACAGCAGUCCAGUCAGGUGUUGUCUCCCAGCCUACAACACCCAUUCCGAUUCUUCCUGGACAGCCGAUGGGGGGCAUGGCCAACGGGUGCACUAACAAGAAACUAGAUGGUGUUGAAAUAAUGAGAAGGAACAUGGUGGAAUGCCAGAAGAGAAAUGCAGAGGCAACAAAAGCAAUGGUUGAAAGGGCUAAUGAAAAGGCUGUAGAAACAUUCAAUAAGGAGGUCAGUAAAGGACCUCAAAAGGAAAGCGGCCAGUGCAUAGAAAAAGCUGUACAGGGCACCGACAGAUGUAUUCUUGCAGGAAUAAUUGAUAAGGCUGUGAACAAGCGUAAGUACAGAAUCUCGGAUGUGGAGAAUAGCACCUCGCUCUAUAGAGGCGACAAACUAAUUGCUCUAAUUGUCAAUGUUGACUAUGGACUUCAGCCAAUUAUCAAACCAAAGAAGAAGAAAUCCAAGAUAAUGGCAAAUCUUCCUCAACCAAAGAGAGAGAUGUAUUUCAACCAGAUCGGACAGCUUGUUGGAGCAAAGGGAACAUUCCCUCAAGACAACAAGGAUGAAUGCAAGCCAUGCGAACCUAAGAAGACUGUUGAAACUGCUUCUGAAAGAUGUAAUCUUGGGUGCGAGCUUAAAGGAACCUCAGCCCUGAUAAGUAAGGCCAUACAAAAGAAGGAGAUCAAGGAGAGCCCAAAGGAGGGGGACAGAAACACAACCCAGGAAUAUGAUGGUGAGGGCUCUGCUGAAGAUGCUGAAGGCCAACAACCUUCUGCAGACGGCGAGGGUCUAGAGUAA